GCGCAUCGAUAGCAUCGACAACAUCCACGCCCGCCUACACUUCGCAUACCGCUGCCAGCAUGCCCGCCCCUACCGCCCUCCAGCGCAGGCCCGAAGAGUUUGCCGACGAUGUCACCAUGGAGGCAUCGUCGGUCCCGCUCCCGACCGAGAGCGACGGCGACCUCAUCUCCAUGAGCCUCGACCCCGUCGACGCCGCGCACGACGCCCCAGCACCCACAGACGACAUGCCCAUGACAGACGAGAGCGGGAAGCCAAAGUUCCCCGCGGCCAAGUCGAUACCCCUCGCUUUCCGCCGCGAACAGCGCAAGGUCCCCAUCCCACCGCACAGGAUGACGCCCCUCAAGAACUCGUGGCCCAAGAUCUACCCCCCGCUUGUCGAGCACCUCAAGCUGCAGGUCCGGAUGAACACAAAGGCAAAGGCCGUGGAACUGCGCACCUCAAACGCCACAACCGACACAGGUGCGCUGCAGAAGGGAGAGGACUUCGUAAAGGCCUUCACCCUGGGCUUUGACACGGAUGAUGCCAUUGCGCUGCUUCGUUUGGACGAUCUCUACAUUGAGACCUUUGAGAUCAAGGACGUCAAGACCCUACAGGGCGAGCAUCUCGGCCGUGCGAUUGGCCGCAUUGCAGGCAAGGACGGCAAGACCAAGUUCGCCAUUGAAAACGCCAGCAGAACACGAGUCGUCCUAGCAGACCAGAAAAUCCACAUCCUCGGCGGUUUCAAGAACAUCCACAUCGCGCGCGAAUCCAUUGUCAGCCUGAUCCUGGGUCAACAACCAAGCAAGGUGUACGGCAACCUACGAACAGUCGCCGGGCGUAUGAAGGAGAGGUUCUAGACGAUACACACAAGUGAGAAAUCUUGCAUAGUAGCCAAGCAAUGGCGACCACGAUAUCGGGCAUUUACACGGCGUUAUGGAGACUGGGGUAGGUUGGGAAAAGCUGUUAUACCAUCUGGCAUGAUUUGACGAUUGGAAGAAGAU